CCCAGUUCUCGUACGGCAACAACGGCAUUGGCUGGUCUUCCGUCCACAAUCCGAUCGUAUCAGAGUUGAUCAACGAGGUUCAAAUGCUGGCUGCACGUUUAGCUCGGGCCUCACACUACCACAUCCCUCCCCGUUUUCUCCUCCACCAGCUUGGACGAAACAUGUCUACCGAAGUCGUCAUCGUUGCUGCCUCGCGCACGCCCGUAGGCUCCAUCAACGGCUCUCUGAAGACCCUCACCGCACCACAACUCGGUAUCGCCGCGCUCAAACACGCAUUCGAGACUUACAACGUCGACCCUGCCGUGGCUGAAGAAAUUUAUUUCGGCAAUGUCGUUCAGGCUGGCGUCGGGCAGUCCCCGGCACGUCAGGUCGCUCUCGGCGCUGGCAUGAAGGUUAGCUCGGACGCAACGACCAUAAACAAGGUUUGCGCUAGCGGGAUGAAGACCAUCAUGCUGGCGGCGCAAGCCAUCGCAUCUGGUGACAGGAGUGUCGUCGUCGCCGGUGGCAUGGAGAGCAUGAGCAAUGCACCCUUCCUCCUCCCCCGCCAGAACCCUGCCUUCGGCAAGUUCACCACUAAGGAUUCCCUCGAGAACGAUGGCUUGUGGGACGUCUACAACCAGUUCUCCAUGGGCAACUGUGGCGAAGUGACCGCGGAGAAGUUCCAAAUUACCCGAGAGCAAAUGGACCAGCACGCUAUCGAAUCAUACAAGCGUGCGGCCCGUGCAUGGGAGGACGGCUCCUUCAAGGCCGAGAUCGCCCCUGUGACGAUCAAGGGCAAGAAGGGUGACACCACUGUGGCCGAGGACGAGGAGUACAAGCGCGUAAUCUUCGAAAAGAUUCCGACGCUGCAGCCCAGCUUCAAGAAGCAGGGUGGUACAAUCACAGCCGCCAACUCAUCGAGUCUCAACGACGGUGCUUCGGCUCUCAUCUUGAUGUCUGCGGAGAAGGCAAAGGAGCUUGGCCUGAAGCCCCUUGCGAAGGUCGUCUGUAUGCAUAUGCUCGACGUAAUCCUGAACGCACAGCUCACCGCAGUUGUAGCCUAUUCCGACGCCGGUGUUGACCCCAUUGACUUCCCUAUCGCUCCCACUGUCGCCCUGCCUCUGGCCUUGAAGAAGGCCGGCCUGAAAACUGAGGACAUCGCACUUUGGGAAAUUAACGAGGCGUUCUCGGUGGUCGUACGUGCCGCGGAGAAGAUUCUCAACAUUGACCCCGCAAAGAUCAACGUGAACGGUGGUGCCGUCGCACUUGGACAUGCCAUCGGCAACUCGGGAUCAAGGAUCGUUGUAUCACUGAUUCAUGCACUGAAGUCUGGGGAGUAUGGUGCAGCGGGCAUUUGCAACGGUGGUGGAGCCGCGUCGGCGGUUGUUAUUCAGAAGUUGUAAUCUCGCGUAGACUCCGGAAACCACGGAACACUGUACUAUUCAUACCUCGGACCAUAAUUCAACGACAUGGGGUUCAUGCGAUUGCGGGUCAAUGCUACGCCACGGCCGUCAUGAAAUAGC